AUGGAACCAAAAAGGGUGCUCGUGGUCUUAUUCGAGGGGUUCAACACUAUGGAUAUGAAUGGCCCCUAUGAGGUCUUUCGCAUGGCUGACAACCGAAAUGCAUUCACAGUGACGAUUACUGCAGAGAUGGAAGUUACUAGAUCGUUUGAGGGUGUUCAAGUCAAGAGAGACAUUGCCUUGGACCACAAUCUUCUUGGUUUGCUUGGCGACUUUGACGUCUUGGUUGUUCCUGGCGGCCCAACACAUCUUGUCGAAUUACACGCCGCGAAAAUGGGUGAUUUUAUGAAACUUAUUGCCGCGUUUAAUGAACUUGCACCCGAAGACAAUACGGUGCCCAAAACUUUGCUGUCCAUUUGCACUGGUGCCCUCUUCUUGGGGUACAUGGGCAUCUUCAAUGGCCGGAAGUGUACUACGCAUCGCGGGGCCUACAGGAGUUUGCAAAAGGUCAACAUGGACGCAGCUGCAGGACAAGAUGUUGCAGGGCGGGUCAUACAAGCGCGCUACGUCGACGCAGGCUCGAAUGAGUACGGGACAAGGAUUAUUAGCAGCGGAGGCGUGUCUUGUGGCUUGGACGCCAGCCUAUACGUGGUGGAGAUUUACGAUGGCAUCGAAACAGCAUAUGGGGUUGCUGAUAUAUUAGAAUACAAGUGGCGAAAUGCCGAGGGCUUCGUGGUAGCGCAGUAA